AUGUCAAAUCCCAAGAUAGCAAUCGUAGGAGCAGGACCUGCAGCCAAGAUCGAAGCAACCGUUUUCGAGAGCGAAGCCUCACCAAACUUUCGAUCGCAGGGCGGGAGUCUGGAUCUACACACAGACACCGGGCUGGCCGCGCUCAAGGAAGCAGGCCUCUUUGACGAGUUCCUCGAGCACGCAAGGUACGACGGCCAGUACAUGGCCAUCGUCGACAAGAACAACAAGCCCUGGUUCGUCAACUCCGCGACGGGGUUCGGCAGUGCAUUGCAGGAGCGUCCGGAGAUUGACCGGCCCAAGUUGCGUGAGAUUCUUGCGGCGUCUCUUCCGCCGGACAUGAUUAAAUGGGAUCACCAUCUUGUAGAAGUCAGAGAAGACGGUAAUCUCGUCUUUGAACAUACCACUAUUGGUGGUUUCGAUCUGGUUGUUGGCGCGGACGGGGCUUGGAGCAAGGUCCGCAGGCUUCUGGCUCCGGAUAUCAAGCCUAUGUGGACGGGAAUCAAGUUAUACGGCAUGAGCAUCCCGAACGCGGCCGAGACUGCUCUCCGAGUUUACAAGCUCGCCAACAGAGGUAGCGUCUUCGCCAAUGGCGAUGGCAAGCGUCUUUCGAUUCAACAGAUGGGCGAUGGCAGCCUGAGUAUAUAUGCGUCGAGCACUGGCGGCGAUGGGGAGGACUGGGCGUCACCCGAGGUCUGCGGGUAUGAUCCUCGUGACCUGGAGGCAGUAAAGAAGGCGCUUUUGGUCUUAUAUCAGGACUGGGCUCCGGAGCUCACCGAAGCCAUCACCAUGGCUGCAGGGGAGUGCACUCCGAGGUCGCUUUAUAUGCUGCCCGUGGGCUUCACGUGGCCUCACCGGCGCGGCGUGACAGUCAUUGGGGAUGCGGCGCACUUGAUGACGCCUUUUGCGGGCGAGGGAGUCAAUGUUGCGCUUGAGGAUGCGAUGAAGCUAGCCAAAGCCAUCAUCAGCGCCGUUGCCGAGAGCAGUGAUGCAGGCGUAAGUGCAGGUGCAGAUGCACUCGAUUAUCUAGACAAGAGGAUCGAGGCGUUCGAGAAGGACAUGUUCCCCCGGAUGGAAAAGGUGCAGCGCCUGACGGACGAGCUUAUGCACGACUUCAUGUUCACCGCAGGUUCGCCGCGGACGACCAUCGCGACCUCGAUAGCGAGGCAUGUCAAGUUCGAGACGCCGUGGGUGUUGCACCCGUUGGCGAGUGCCAUGGUACACUCGUUCUUUUUCAUGCGAAGGAUUCUGGCGUCUUAG